AUGUUUUUUCAAGUAAGUCUUAUCUUCACAAACAUCAGAGCUGGCACACAGGGGAGAAGUUGUAUUCCUGUUCUAAGUGUGGGAAAUGUUUUUCAAAGAAGUACGACCUUUAUACACAUCAGAGAUCUCACACGGGGGAAAAGCCAUAUUCCUGUUCUGAGUGCGGGAAAUGUUUUUUUCAAAGAAGAAGUCAAAGCUUUCCCUACAUCAGAUCUCACACAGGAGAAAAGCCAUAUUCCUGUCCUGAGUGUGGGAAAUGUUUUCGUGCUAAAUUCAGUCUUCAUGUGCACAAAAGAACUCACACGGGGGAGAAGCCAUAUUCCUGUAUUGAGUGCGGGAAAUGUUUUUCAGUGA